UUGAAAGCUGAUUUAUUGCAAUUCAAAGUCUAUGAAGUGCCUCCCAGACGUAGUUUGCAUGCAUCCUGCGUACGGUUUUUGUUGUCUGAUAAAAGUAAACUGGAGGAGACACUGAAACUGCUGAAAGAGCAGGCAAAACUGGAGGAAAAAGAAGGCCUGGCACGAAAACAGUUACUGGAAAAGGCAAAGCAGCAAGUCGCGCUGGAACCCGUUUAUAUCCGGUGGCCACGGGCAAUUAAAGCUGGCGCUUUACAUUAUUACCACGGUUUUCGACUUCUCUUUUUGGAAAUGUGGUUGAGUGCCAAAUAUUUGUGGCGUUUUCUGCGACGAAAGCCGUUAAUGCGUCGCGAGAAGCAGCAGCUUAUUCGGACACUCUCCGAUGUUCUGCGGCUAAUUCCAUUUUCUGCCUUUAUUAUCAUUCCGUUUAUGGAGUUUACGUUGCCGUUGUUUUUGAAACUCUUUCCGAAUAUGCUGCCGAGCACAUUCAAGGAUGCCACCAAAGAGGAGGAGAAAUUACGUAGAAAAUUGAAAGCCAAACUGGAAACAGCGAAACUUCUCCAAGCUGCUAUGGAAGAAAUGGCUCUGUACAGAAAGAAAAAUGCGAAAGAUGAUGACAAAACGGCAAGCGUUGCCGUGGAGUUCGCUGAAUUUAUCAAAAAGGUUCGAUCGGAGGGCAGUUACGUGACCAAUAAGGAUUUGCUGAAAUAUAUCAAGCUGUUUGAAGAUGAAUUGACGCUGGAUAAUCUGCCGGCCAAUGCCCUUCGAGCGCUGUGCCACUUGCUGAAUAUUCAGCCAUUUGGAUCACUGGAAAUUAUUCGUUUCCAGUUGUCAUUAAAAUUGAGGGCUCUAAAAGCAGACGAUCAGGAGAUCGCUUUCGAAGGUGGAGUGGAUGUCCUAACUCUUCCUGAACUGCAACAAGCAUGCCGAGCCCGCGGAAUGCGCUCACUGGGCGUGAACAUUGCGGAAGAAACGCGUCAGAAGUUGGCUGAAAUUGAGGGCGAGAAAGUAAGCUACGGAGCCCGGCUGCAGCUCAUACAGAAUAUCGAAAAAGCUAUUCAUGCAGAGAGGAAAGCAAUGGACGAAGCUAAGAAAAAGGAGGCAGCUAAGGUUGGGGGGAAGAGAAAAUAUUCCUACGUGUUCCACGCGCACAUUGCGGAGGAAACGCGUCAGAAGUUGGCUGAAAUUGAGGGUGAGAAAGUAAGCUACGGAGCCCGGCUGCAGCUGAUACAGAAUAUUGAAAAAGCUAUUCAUGCGGAGAGGAAAGCAAUGGACGAAGCUAAGAAAAAGGAGGCAGCU